UUAAGCAGAGUGUUGUCUUUCUUCUGUUGCAGCGACCACAUGGAAGUUUGUGCUGCUAGGACUGGCCUUCGUCUGCCUUCUUGUUGGUUUUUUGCUGCUGGGAAUGGGAGCCAUGGCCAACAAGAACAGAAAGAAGAUUGCUAAGUACAAGGCAGCAGCUGCUGCUCAGAAAGGCAAGGAGCUGCAGAUGAUUGCAGCGCUCCGAGAUGACAGCAGCAGCAAAGCAUCACCGGUGCUCGCCAGGCAGGUACAGGGGAAUGGGGGCCUGACGGAGCUCAGAGCAGGAGACAUCAGGGUCACAUGGAAGGAUGGCAACACCUCCUGCCUGUACCCCGACACUGCAGCACAGAAGGACAACCAGGAGGAGAACCAGAACCAGGAGGAGAACCAGGAGGAGAACCAGGAGGAGAAACAGGAGGAGAACCAGGAGCAGGAGUCAGCUGUCAAGCACAAACGUGGUCAAACUACAAGCAUCACCAUACUGUAAAAUGUCUGAUUGGUG